CGCACACUGUCCUGUUUUAUUAUAAGGACUCCCUCUCCUCCUAGUUGGCCGCAUGAAACUUCUUCAUUCCCACUGAAAUACAAUUGACAAUGGCUAGCUUAACUAGUAUCAUCAAUUUUGUUCUUUCAGUACUAAGGGGUAGCUAGCUAUGCGUCAUUCACACACGCACAAGGUCCUGUUUAUAAGGAAGACUGCAUGAACUUCAUUCCGACUGAAAUAACUCACAAUGGCUAGCUUAACUAGUUUCAUGAUCUUUUCAGCAGCAAUUUUGUUAUUUCAGUAUGUUUCAUCUGCUAAAUUAACCAACAUCUCCUCCGAUCAAUCUGCGCUCCUCGCGUUAAAAUCCCGGAUUUCUUUCAGCUCUAACAAUUUAUUCAUGGAGAAAAACUGGUCUGCUGAGUCGUCUUCUUCAGUAUGCAGCUGGAUGGGAGUAAGUUGCAGUUUGCGCCAUAACAGACUCAUUGCUUUGGAUAUCUCUGAUUUAGGCCUAAUUGGAACCAUCCCUCCAGAGUUGGGAAAUCUUUCCUUUCUCUCUUCUCUUGAUAUCAGCAACAACAGCUUCCAUGGCAAUUUCCCUGAAGAGCUGGCUCAACUUCACAGGUUGAAGAUGCUAAAUAUAGGUCGCAACAAUUUCAGCGGGCCGAUACCAUCAUUCUUCGAUUCACUUCGAAAUCUUCGAUACUUGUAUUGUUCUCGUAAUGCAUUUUCAGGGAUCAUACCACCCUCAAUUGCCAAUCUGUCUAAAUUGGAGGAGCUAACUUUGAACAGGAAUUUCCUGGAAGGAAGUAUUCCAGCGGAAAUUGGUGACCUUCAUUUCUUGAGUUUUCUGAACCUGGAAGCUAAUAAACUCAGUGGUCCAAUCCCUCCAAGCAUCUUCAAUCUCACAACGGUGCAAGUUAUUGCUUUCUCCGGGAAUAAUCUUUCUGGCACUCUUCCGCCUGAUAUCUGUGAUAAUCUUCCAAACCUACAAAGUCUAUAUCUUUUAGACAAUGAGCUAGAAGGCCGAAUGCCUCCUAAUUUGGGCAAAUGUUCACAACUCCAACUUCUAUCGCUAUCGAAUAAUAACUUCCGCGGUAGCAUACCAAGGGAAAUUGGGAACUUGACUUUCCUAGCUGUCUUACUUCUUGACUUCAACUAUUUAGAAGGCUCAAUACCUUUUGAGGUUGGUAACCUUCAGAAUCUACAACAGUUUGGACUAAACUCAAAUGCCAAUUUGAAUGGUCCCAUUCCUGAAACAAUAUUUAACAUUUCAAGUCUGCGAAUGUUUUCGUGUGUAGAGAAUAAUUUAUCAGGUUCUCUUCCUUCAAAUCUGGGUCAAAGGAUGCAAAAUCUUCGAGGAAUUUAUCUUGGAUUGAAUAGUAUUAGCGGAACCAUCCCUGAGUCCAUCUCAAAUGCUUCAAACCUUAUACACUUGGAGUUUGGUUCUAACACUCUCACUGGUUCUAUACCCAAUUCACUUGGAGAAUUGAAAUCCCUUGAGCUUCUCUCGCUCGGAUGGAACAAUCUGACUGCACCAUCAGAUCUGGAGUUCCUGACUUCUUUAACAAAGUGCAGGAAUCUGAGCGAACUCACGAUCGCGCACAAUCCUUUAACUGGCAAACUUCCAACCUCAAUUAGCAAUUUCUCUGCCUCUCUGCAGAGAUUUCUUGCAUCAGGUUGUGGUAUCUUUGGAAGUAUUCCAGAUGAGAUUGGUAAGCUAAGUGAACUUUCUUUUUUAGACCUAUCGGACAACAACUUGAGCGGAUUCAUUCCUAGGACAUUUGGAGGUUUACAAAAUCUUCAAGAGCUCUAUUUGGACGGAAACAACCUAAGUGUUGUUCCAUCCUGCAUUGGAAACAUGACUUCUUUAAGUGUUCUUCAUCUAGCAUCCAACAAUUUGACCUCUAGCUUACCUCCAAGCUUGUGGAUGCUAGAAAAUCUUCUUCUGUUAAACACGUCCUCAAAUUCACUUAGUGGCCAUCUACCUCCAGAAAUUGGAAAUGUGAAGGCCAUAACAGUGAUCGACUUGUCCGGUAACUUCCUCUCUGGAAAACUUCCCAGUACGAUAGGCGAUCUGCAAAAUUUGAUCAACCUCUCUUUAUCCCACAAUGACUUGGAUGGACCUAUUCCAGACUCAUUUGGUAAACUGGUAGGCUUGGAGAUAUUGGACUUAUCUCAGAACAAGUUAACUGGAGAGAUUCCCAAGUCAUUGGAGAAUCUUGUGUAUCUCAAGGAGUUCAAUGUCUCCUUCAACCAGCUAAGUGGACAGAUUCCUAGCAAUGGUUCUUUUCAGAACUUCACAGGUGAAUCCUUUGAAUCAAAUGGUGCACUCUGUGGUGCGCCGCGAUUUCAAGUGAAGCCUUGCCCCGUUGUUUCUCGCAAGAGAAGAACUGUCUUCUUUUUACUGAUGAGGAGACGGAAGAAAAAGAAUGAUACGCUCGAAGCUCUGGAAUUUGCUGAACUGCCACAUGAAAGGAUUUCCUAUCAUGAACUCGAAAAGGCAACUAAUGGAUUUGAUGCAAGCAACCUGAUUGGUACAGGGAGUUAUAGCUCAGUCUACAAAGGCAUGCUCACUGAUGGAACUCCUGUUGCGGUAAAAGUGUUUAACUUGAAACUAUCAGGAGCAGAGAAGAGCUUCAACACAGAAUGCGAAGUCAUGCGCAGCAUUAGGCACCGAAAUCUAACCAAAGUCAUCACUAGUUGCUCCAACCUGCACAUGGACUUUAAAGCUUUAGUGCUGGAGUACAUGCCAAAUGGAAGCCUUGAGAAAUGGUUAUAUUCUCACAAUUAUUUCCUAGACAUCUUCCAAAGGCUCGAUAUAAUGAUAGAUGUUGCUUCCGCUUUGGACUAUCUCCACAGUGGUUUUGUGACGCCAGUGGUGCACUGUGAUGUGAAGCCUCGCAAUGUCUUACUUGACCAUGACAUGGUAGGACGUGUUUGUGAUUUUGGCAUCUCAAAACUGUUGGCAGACGAAAAUGGAACCGUACAAACCAAAACCAUUGCCACAAUUGGAUACAUAGCACCAGAAUAUGGAUUGGAUGGGAUAGUUUCGACAAAGUGUGAUGUCUACAGUUACGGCAUCAUGUUGAUGGAAACAUUCACCAGGACCAGCCCUGGCGAUGACAAGUUUGCCGGAGAGCGAACCUUGAGGCAGUGGGUACUGGAUUCAUUUCCAAGUAGAAUCAUGCAAGUAACAGACUCAAAUUUGUUAAGCCCUGACGAUGAAAAUUUCCGCGCUAAGCUUAAUUGUGUUGCAUCAAUCAUGGGGCUGGCAUUGGGAUGCACUGUUGAAUCUUCUGAUGCAAGAAAUGAAAUGCGAGAUGUUCUUUCAUCACUCAAGAAACUGAGAGCUGAGUUUCUAAGCAGUUGUGGAAGAAGCCAAUGA